AGUCUCGGCCAUGUAUUACAAUAUUCACGUCAUCUUGCACUUCCUCAGUUCUGUCCUUUACAUAUCAUCAUGCCCAGCAGGUGCUGUGUACCUCUAUAUAAAGGAAAUUAUCCCACUGGUCCUAAGGUGGCUGUAUUUUCAUUCCCAAGAGAUGAAAUAUUGUCAGGGGAAUGGGUUAGAGCCAUCAAGCGGGACAUCUUUACGCCUAACCACAGCAGCAGGAGCAAUCAUGACCUGGCAACUAUAUCUUGGAGUGAUGGUAACAGCAGUGGCAUAUAUAGUAACACCGUUGGGGCCCGCUUCGGGUUACGAGAGCAAGGACUUGCAGCAGACUGACGCGCCAGCUACUGAUCCUACCGAGGCGACUACCGCUGAGGACAUGACGGACACCACCAGGGACAGCAGGUGCAUUGCGUGUUCACCUGGCUGUGGUCACUGUCACCAGUAUAUGAAUGGCCGCUGCCGACCAAUCCACGGAUGCCAGUAAUUGUUCUGCUGUACUCCACAACCAUCAUCACUUCUAAUCAAACACUUUGAAUUUACUAUAUAUAACAUAUAAUAACAUCUAGGAUAUAUAUAUAUAUAUAUAUAUAUAUAUAUAUAUAUAUAUAUAUAUAUAUAUAUAUAUAUAUAUAUAUCAUAAUCCUUUGAUUUAACUAAGUAGGUACACUGGAAUUGGCCAUUUAAUAUUCAAAUAAUAAUGUUCUAAUAAAUUGAGUAUUUGCUUCAAAAAUUUCCUUGGAGUAAUGAUUUAUUUGGUGUGUUGCAAAAAUUUGGAUCUCUUUAAUCUUGUCUCAUCUCAAACAAAAUACAUGGCAAUUCUUUUAUGCUUAUGAAAUGCAAUUAGCUCAUUUGUUGUGUAUUUAUAAAUUAAUAAAGCUUCAAACAUGA